AUGAUUUCCUCUGCCAUUGUGGCCAUUGCGUUGAUCGUAGGAAGCGCGUUCUCCGUCUCUGCCCAGUCUGAUGGGGUAACCAGCCAGUGCCUGUCCACGCUUGCCGGCGUCGCGGCCUCGUGUUUCAACGGAGCGGGGCUCGUCAUCCUCGCCCUCGCCGACAACAAUGCCUCUCUCGUCACCCCUAUCGACACCUGGCUCCACGGCUUCUGUUCGCAGAGCGCCUGCACGAACCAGAGUCUCGCCAACGUCAUCAAUAACCAUCAAUUUGGGCUGCAAUCCGCCCAGAACGGCAGCACCGACUACAUCAUCUCGGAGGUGACGCGCCUAAAAUUUACGAAAUCUGACUGCAGAUUCAGACUCAGGAAGUCAAAAGAUGUCUAA